ACUCGUCGAGUCCGUAAUUCGCAUCGCUCAAGGGAGCGAAAAGCUCGUUCACAAAAUGCCAGUGUGAUUAAUUUUGCAUUUUUGCUCCCUUUCGCUAGUAUCAUUUCUAUCUGAUGCAUUAAUUGAACUUACUUUUGGACGUAGAAGAUUGAGACGUGGAGUUAUAGCGAUAGAUAGAACGACCGAUAGACAGGGAGAGAGAGAGUGGGAAGACUUGGUGGAAUUUGGUCCGUGUAUGAAACGAAGGACACAGGGUUGAACACCGAUGCUUUUUCUUUUCAUCCUUACCCUCUUGCCGAGACCUUCAAAGUUUCAUUCUUUCAGCUGUCUUCGCUAGUCAGGAAUCUUCAUCUACUGCAGAGCUACUAAGUGCGGGCGCGCCUGUGCGCCCUUUGAUCUUCCUUGAAUGGCGGAGGAGGAAUCGCCUUCGUCUCCUACUGUAUUGAGCAUGGAGGGUCUUGACGAUGUGGAAGACUACGUUUGGUCAGCAUCUGAACCGGAGGGUUUGGCAAGGGAAACAUACCAUCAUUUAUAUGAGCUUAUGCAGAAUGGCAAUGUGGCAUUUCGGGAUGACCGUAUGGAAGAGGCGAUCAACUUUUACUCUAGAGCAAAUAGCAUCAGGACUGGUGAUCCAGUCAUACUCAAUAACCGAAGUGCGGCUUAUAUCAGAAUUAGCCAAUUUUUAAAACACAGACCUCCAUCAGCUUCAGAAUAUAGUCCGUUGAGUGGGCUUGAUCCUACAACACAUGCUGAACUUGGUUUGAAGGAUGCUGAGAAGCUUGUCAACAUCCGAAGUACUUCAGUAAAAUCAUACCUUUUGAAGGCCAAUGCUCUUUUUCUGCUGGAGAAAUAUGAGAUGGCUCGGGAUGUUAUUCUUUCGGGCCUUCAAGUUGAUCCAUAUAGUAAUUCUCUACGUGUGUCUCUUUCAAACCUGGAAAGAGCAUUGGCUAGCUUGGCGAAGAUGAGUAAACAUGGACAGCCAGAGCGCUCUGAUGACUUUGAUUGCACUCUUUGCCUCAAGUUACUUUAUGAACCUGUUACAACCCCUUGUGGACAUUCUUUUUGCCGGUCAUGUCUAUUUCAGUCAAUGGAUCGUGGCAACAGGUGCCCGUUGUGCAGGACAGUUCUGUUUAUUAGUCCUAGAACAUGUUCCGUGAGUGUGACAUUGAAAAACAUUAUACAAAAGAAUUUUCCGGAGGAAUAUGCUGAAAGGAAGCAAGAGAAUGACAGUUUGAGCAACCUGGGCCUAGAUUUGAUCCCUCUCUUUGUCAUGGAUGUUGUCAUUCCAUGCCAAAAGUUUCCACUCCAUAUAUUUGAACCCCGUUAUAGACUGAUGGUAAGAAGAAUAAUGGAAGGAAAUCGCCGGAUGGGAAUGGUUAUAAUCGAUUCUGAAGCAGAUUCCCUGGCUGAGUUUGCCUGUGAAGUGGAAAUUACUGAGUGUGAACCACUUCCGGAUGGACGUUUCUAUAUAGAGAUUGAAAGUCGUAGGAGAUUUCGCAUCAUCCGAUCAUGGGAUCAAGAUGGGUAUCGUGUUGCAGAGGUCGAAUGGAUUCAGGAUAUUAUGCCAUCGGAAGGUAGAGAGAGAGAAGAUUUACAGGAAAUAACAAAUAAUGCGGCAGAAAGUGCUCGAUCAUGGAUCAGAAGGGCUAAAGAAGCAGCAGGACAAGAUCAAAGACGACUCGAGAGACUGUUGAAUGUUGAAGUGAUGAUGCCCCCGCUACAAGACCCUGAGCGCUUCAGUUUCUGGCUUGCUACCUUAUCAAACCGGAGGCCUUCAGAAAAACUUGAUCUUCUGCGCUUGAGAGAUACCAAAGAGAGGAUCAGGCGGGGUUUGAUAUAUCUGCGAGCUGAGGAACAAGGGUGCAGAAUCCAGUAAAUGGCAGGCUCACACUAUUAUGUAAUGCCAGUUUUUAUAGAGAUAUAUAUAUAUAUAUAUAUAUAUAUAUUGUUCCAAAGUCAUUCAACAUUCUUUGGCCUCAUGAAUGGCAUUAAUGAGGUCAUUUUUGUUGUAAGUUGCCACAUGAACACAUGAAGCUAAACCCAUCGUUUUUACUGUACUGUGAUCAGACAUUUUUUGAAUUGUGAAUUGUGAAUGAUAAAAAGUCAUCUUUUGAUCAAGAAAA